UGCCCCUCUGUUUAAUCUCCUUUUUCUCAGCUCUAAGAUUAAGCCCCUUCCCAGAGGGACUGAGCAUCCUUAAGGUUUCCUACCCUUAAUGCUCCAUCCUCGGAUGGAGCCAGAGAAAUGUGGUGGGGGGGCCGGGGCCAGAGUUUCAAUAUUGCCUCCCCAAAGGAGGAGCCAGAGAUGGGGGGAAGCAGGAUGCUGGAGAAUAGGAGUGGUCAGCCUGGCAGCUGCCUGGCCUCUGGAUGCCUUCCAGGGGAGCAGAUACUAGCAUGGUCCCCAGGACUGAGGAAAGGAUUGGAACCUGAAUUGCCUGGAACCCUGAUAUGCACCAACUUUAGGGUUACCUUCCAGCCCUGUGGAUGGCAGCGGAGUCAGGACACUCCCCUGAGCAGUGAAUAUGAUUUUGCCUUGGUCAACAUUGGGCGAUUAGAGGCUGUGAGUGGCUUAUCACGAGUUCAGCUCCUCCGUCCAGGAUCACAGCUUAAAUUUAUCCCUGAGGAGAUUCUGAUUCAUGGCCAAGACUUCCGACUGCUUAGGGUUGGUUUUGAGGCUGGAGGAUUAGAACCUCAGGCCUUUCAGGUGACCAUGGCCAUUGUCCAAGCCAGAGCUCAGAGCAGUCAAACCCAGCUGUAUGUGGGGAUAACUCAAAGGAAGGCUGCCCAGGGUUCUGGCUUCAGAAAACCACCUAUACCUCUGUUGGAGACAUUGGAAGACUGGGAAAGUGAGCGAAAGAAGCAGGGAGCCAGAGGCUGGAGGCUUAGCACUGUCAAUGAGAGGUUCGACAUAGCUACCAGCCUCCCCCGUUACUUCUGGGUCCCUAACAGAACUCUGGAUAACGAGGUCAGGAGAGCAUUUGGCCACUUCCAUCAGGGCCGUGGACCGCGCCUGUCCUGGCAUCACCCUGGGGGCAGUGAUCUUCUCCGAUGUGGAGGCUUUUAUACAGCCAGUGACCCUAACAAGGAGGAUAUUAGAGCAGUGGAGUCAAUGCUCCAGGCUGGGCAUUCUGAUGUUGUACUAGUAGACACGAUGGAUGAGCUGCCCAGCCUUGCAGAUGUCCAGCUUGCACACUUGAAGCUGAGGGCACUCUGUCUUCCUGACUCUUCUGUGUCUGAGGAUAAGUGGCUCUCAGCCCUGGAAGGAACACGAUGGCUGGACCAUGUCAGGUCUUGUCUGCGUAAGGCCAGUGAUAUUUCAGUUUUAGUGACGUCCAGGGUUCGUUCCGUAGUACUUCAAGAGCGCGGUGAUCGUGAUUUCAAUGGCCUCCUCUCUUCACUCGUCCAGCUGCUUUCAGCUCCUGAAGCCCGAACGUUGUUUGGCUUCCAAGCACUAGUGCAGCGAGAGUGGGUGGCAGCUGGACACCCCUUCUUGACUCGGCUUGGGGGAACUGGGGCCAGUGAAGAGGCCCCAGUGUUUCUUCUUUUCCUUGACUGUGUCUGGCAGCUCCUCCAGCAGUUUCCAGUGGAGUUUGAAUUCUCUGAGUUUUUCCUUCUUGCUCUUCAUGACAGUGUCAGGGUUCCCGAUACACUUACCUUCCUAAGGAAUACCCCCUGGGAGCGUGGGAAGCAGAGUGCACAGUUUAAUUCCUAUACACAAAUGUACACCCCAGAGUACUCCUCACCCUCAGCUGAGAAGUCUGUUAACUUGCAGCUGUCUGUCUGGGACUGGGAUUUACGCUACAGCAAUAAGCAGAUACUACAAUUCCAUAACCCCAGAUAUGCCCGAGAACAUUAUCCAGAUCUCAGGUUUCCUAGACAGCAGCCAAGCCUCAUGCUUCCUGGACCCCCCAAUUCUGUGUGGCUCUUCUCUAGAGGAGCCCUAACCCCGCUGAAUCAACUCUGUCCUUGGCGAGACAAUCCCUCCCUGUUGACAGUCUCUUCUCGAUGGCUGCCUCGACCUGCUAUAUCCUCUGAAAGCCUGGCUGACCAGGAAUGGGGACUUCCCUCACAUUGGGGAGCCUGCCCUUUACCUCCAGGGCUACUCCUACCCAGUUAUCUGGGACCUCAAAUCAGGCUCUGGAAACGCUGCUACCUGAGGGGAAGGCCUGAAGUCCAGAUGGGCCUCUCAGCUUCCACAAUCGCUGGCCUCCAGGAUGAGCUAUCCCACCUUCAGGAGUUAUUAAAGAAAUGGACAUCAAGAAUAUCUCCGGAAGAUCAUUGCAACAGAGAUGAUCCAAAUAACAUUCUCCCCCAAUCCCGCUGAUAUUGCUGGUGUGGUCAAAAGCAGGGCUGAGGGGAAAGUGGGAAGAGAAAGUAUUUUAUGUAACUGCAGUUUUGCAAAGCUAGCUGUGCUGCCUCAGAUUUCACAUUUAAGCUCUUAAACAAGCAUACUUACUAGACUUGAUUUCCAUAACAGAUGCCGGUGCUAAUCUUCAGGUCUUCUGUUUUCUUUGGUUCCUAAAGAUAUUUUUGUUUCCUGUAAUAUGAAGAAUUAAGAAACAAAAACUAUCUGAAACAGUAUUGCCACUUUUUGGGGGGAGCAAUCCCAUCUCUUGGAUCAUCCUGUUAAAUCAUGAGAUAGUGAUUCUAUAAUACCAAAAAGAUGGCCUAGAGACCUCAUUCUCAACCCCUCCUGCUGCUGCCUUAAUUCCAUUUUUUCCCUUACAGUUUUCUGUGGGAAUGAGGUGGAUAGGAGUGACACCUCUUCCUACUAUGUUUUUUUGUAGUGGCAUUUCUGUUUAAGGAGUUCAUUAAAGCACAGUAUUUCUACACUUUA